GCAGCAUAGCAUAUCGUUAGGUCAUAAGAGAUUAUCUGUGGAAGGUGGAUUCUGCAAUCAGUUGGCAGAUAUCGCUCUUGGAGGCGUUAAAAAUGCCUAUUGCUAUCGAAGCUCAAACCUUCAAGUAAGUUCUGCUACCAACAUGUCGAUGUUGGCCUUUCUUGAGCACUCAGGCUGCUUUGCGUUGAGAAUUGGGAGCCACAGCCACCUGCAAGGGGAAACACAGCUUCAAUACCUACAGUAGCUAGGUAGUACUUUGAAAUAGCGGACUAUAAACGGGAGCCACCUCAUGAUGUCCAGAUAUUCUUCUAAUCCAGACACCUUUGUGGCUCAGAAUGAGGUGUCCCGGUAAACCCCUAUACUUACCUAAGCUAUUCACCGUUGAAGUCAAUUGACGAAGGCAAGGCUUGACUGGCCAAUAUUCCGUAAACGUUGUUGACCUGAUUACAACUUCUGGGUGUUCAAAGCGCUUGACUUCGAAAGGCUGCUCUCGGUUUCCUUGCCCGAGGUAUCUUACCUAGGUACCUCACGAAGCUUUUUUGUUAAUAAAUGAACAUGUUCCGGCUCGUACCUCCUCAACGUGUGAUAAUGAAGUGUUAAAAGAUCCUGACACUGACACAGCCGCUCUUGAAUUGGGACAAUUUCUAAGCCAGCUUGAAAAUCUUCACUUUCCGAUGCGUCCGAAUCCUACCACCUCAAACUCGGCUUGAUAGUUCGAACCUUGCCAUUCCGCUCAACACAUCAAUAUCGUCAUGAAUAGGUAGUAUAAGGUACCUUCGCCAAGACUACAAGUAACCCUACCGCCCAUACUCCACGUUUUUGACAGUUCGUAAUUCGUCCUCCCAACCCUUCCAUGCACCUCAGUAAAAGCUGGGCAGCCUUUUACCCAACCCGCUGAUUUCUCGCAGCGACCGCGCGUACCAUUACCAACCACAUUUCACGGUGCGUAUGCAUGACUGAGGUACCAAGGGAAAGGAAUGGAUGUGAAGUUGCUGUGCUAGAUUCGAGACGCAUUGAUGAUAAUACUCCAGCAAAUCAAUUCAAUGCCUCUGAGUUAGAAAUGGUCAACCGCAGACACUGUUGUGGCUGCUCGACUAACAGCAAUCUCCGCUCAGGCAGGGCGAAAGCCAACAGUACAGUGUCAGCCUCAUUAUCGGAGCCUGCUCCGACCUCGAUUCUGUUCUGCUGCCACUGAUUCAACUAGACAAUGUGCUCUUCAAACGCUUAUUCACACUCAUCUGCCUUGCGCUUUGUCGCAUUUUAAUAAUUACCUUACUAGUUACUAUAAGAAUAGCAGAAAUCCAUCAUCAGUCAGGCAGGAUGGCCUAGCACACGACAAAGUCCCACCCGUGCGCGGACACAGAUUUACCGCCUGAGGUGAGGCGUCAUCAACCUCGCUCCAACUACAUCAGUCAGUCCACAAUGAUGUAGACCCCUCUCACCUCUUCUCUUUUCUGCUGCCAUUUGACUUUGGAUCUUCCUCAUGCUGAGUUGAUCAAAGUAAACCUCGUUGAGUAGCCUAACUUGCCAGCGAAUCAUGUCUGCACAUUACGUCUGCUGCGUUGUGUACUCUGUAAUAAUGUCCAAGGUUGAUUGAUGAGCCUGUUUUGCUGGGUAAACGUUGAGCGGCUUUACUACAUACAGGACGGACAACGUCGCUUAUGAAGAGUAGGGGUCACAGUCUAUAUUCUGGAUCCCAGGGCGAGGGCCGAUAGCCAAGAAGUUCACCGAAACAGGCCGCAAGUCUUCGUAGUUCAUAUAUGCUCUAAGGAGUUCUUGAGGCCAGGACGCAGAUGAAUCUAGUCCAACUUCUGAAUGCUCCCAAAUAGAGUAGCGAGAUUAUCUGACUACCUUGGCCAAUAUUACCCCAGCUAUAAAUAGAGCCCUGGAAACGUCGUCCAUCAAUAACUUACUAUUUUCUUUCGGGACCACAGGGUUAUAAAGGUCAGUCAUGCCAGAGUAUCACUAUGCCAGGCAAGGGGGUGACUCUGAUGAGUUUCGGCUGGUGGCCAACAAGGAUUGUAAUAACACCAUUUACGGGUUCACCUCGGUAUCAGUACCUCAGGUUCAUCUUUAGAAAGGGUACGACGUUCAGUGGCCAAAAGCUACUGACGUGAAGGCAGAGGUGACCGAAUCCAACACUCUGAGAAAAGCUGCUCAUUCUUCCAACCAGAAGCAAAGACACGAUACUGUAAUAUACCUAUAUAUAUUAUUCUUUAAGCAAAAGCAUUUCUUAUUUACAUUCCACUACACCGUAGCAUACAGUUGAGCCAUAUUUUCUUGUGCUCUGAUUCUUUCUUUCCUUCCUUAUCAAUGUGAAGGUGACCAGGUAACGGAAUGGUACUUUUGAUCAUGGAGAGUCUGUCUCUCCUCCUCAAUCUAAGCCAGUGAUGAGACUAGGUACCUAGGUGAGUAUUCAACUUCCACAAUAAUCGAUGAGUGACGAGCAGCUCGUCUGAUAUAAACGACCUGUCCCCUGGAGCUCAGCCACCUCCUUCGCCUUGGGAACCGGACUUUCGCAGCUGAUACCUAUUAGCCAUAAAAACCUUCUGACACAGCUCAUCACAUGUUCGCACAUUGAUGCACCUUUUCGACGCAGCACUGGCUAGGGAGGAUGGGAACCGCUGUGAUAUGAACAACAUGAUGCAGGUGAUAGUGACAUUCUGAGCAUUGUCGCGUUUGGGUGGUGGUCUACAGUGGCCUAACCUCUUGUGCUGUUGGUAAUUGGUUAGAAUCACUGGUGAAUGAUUUAAUAGGUCAGCGACAAUAGGUUCCUCAUGUCAAAGAUCUCACGCACUUCUGAUAAUAAUGCCUGGGAAUUACAUUGCAUGCUAUGUCGUUCAGUAAGUCAUGCUAAGGUCGGUCUCCUGGACUCGAAUAUCAAGCUCGGGAUCGAUCUCUUUUCGUAGAAAAUCACUCUACUGUAGUAGGUACCAGGGUAUGGGCUGCUGUUGGAGGCUUCGCCACAAGACGGUUUCUUGGGAUUUGUCACGGCAAAUUUUAUGCCGACGUGGCCUACGUCAUAGCUUCCCUGGCGUUACAAUCAAGAAUACCUAUGUAGAUGUUCGUGACAGGUAGCGAAGGCAUCAUUACUUGGUAUUAUUUAUGUGGCGCGCAUUUUCGACGACUUCUGCGACAACCCUACUUGUUUAUUUUCUCUCUCUUUCAGUUACGUUUUCUCUCAGCUAUCAGAACGAGAACUUGCGACUUCUUGAGUUACCGACACAACUACCUCUAAACUUCUCUCAACCUUGCAUUAACAGGUUGCAACCAUGGGUGCUAUUUCUGCCGUCUUCCUUAUCCUCAUCACGAUUUUCUGUCAGUCACAGACUCCUCCUGAUCGCACAAUGCAAAGCAAAACUAAUGUAGUCGCAGUCCCUCCCAUCGGCGUCUGGGCCGUUGCAGGAUGUGGAAUGGAUCUGUUCAUCAACAUCUGCUUGACCCUUCUUGGCUUCCUUCCAGGUCAUAUCCACGCCUUCUACCUUGAGUACAUCUACUACGACCGCCGAGAACAGGCGCGCGAGGGUCGUUUUGCGACUGGACCUGCGCCUGGCAUUUACUCCGACAACGUGCAGACUGGCGGACAGGGCUAUGGAACAAUGGGACGCGCAGCAUGAAAUGAAUAGAUGUUGGUGGUAAUCGACUCUAGUUAUUGGCUGUCUUGGAAUUCAGGCGAAGUUGUCUGCAUCAACUGGGUGUUGCAUAUUCGCCGACAUCGGCAGCGAUAAAGGUGGUGCAAGGAGCUGAUGCCUGCCUAACCUUUGGGUUAUAUACAGAGUGAUGUGGUUUGUUGUUAAAUCAACUGGCCUGGUGUGAGAAUGGUGACGCAGUGUCAAUACGAUAUUAGUACGCUAGUGUCGAAAGACAUAUAGUACGUCUUAGAGAAUGUUGAAUUCAAGUUAGAUUUCGAUAUUCGUCCAUGCUGGUAAAGGGAAGGGGUUGAAACUCCAAUCAUAGAGAGAGGAUACCACAACGCCUGUAUGUAUAGUCCGUAUUAUUAAAUAUCUCUGUAUGUAGAAUCGAAUAACAUUAGGAACGUACUGGGAACUAAUGUACAAAGUUUGCUGCGUAAUGACUUCGAGGUGUGAGUUGUCCGCCUUGGCCAUUUCUGCAUGUGCAUAGAUACGUGCCUAUUAUCCAUAUUAGAACUACAUAUGUACCGUCCUACAGCC